AUGGCCGACGGUUUGCAAAUGGGAAACCUUUCCCUCAACGAGUCUCAGCACGCCCCCCAGGGUAACGCCCCUGUGGGCCGUGCUGCCUACAUUCCUCCUCACCUUCGCCAGCGUGGUCCCGGUCCUGGUCCCGCCCCCGGGCCUAGUGCUAACGCCGACGCUGCCCCUUCUGGACCUGGCUUCGGUGGUCCUCGGUACAGUACCCAAAAGACUGAACCUCAUGAAGCGACAACUGAUUUUGUAUCUUCUAGUGACGGUGGUGGCAACUGGGCCAACGCUAACGCUCCCAACUUCAGCCCUCGUGGCCCCGCGAACGGUAUGACCAGCUGGACUCCCGAUGGAAAACUCCGACCCUUCAAUCCCAAUGCUUACGGUAACCCAGGAUCUUCUUAUGGUGGUGGUAGCAGCGGCAGUGGCGGCUACAGCGGUGGUGGUGGCUCCCAGCAAGCUCGCGGCUCGGGCGAUGGCCAGUGGCGCGACGGCAAGCACGUUCCCGGCCCCGCCAAUGCUCGCUUGGAGCGCGAGCUGUUCGGAGUUCCCAACGACCCCUCUAAGCAGCAGACUGGAAUCAACUUCGCCAACUACGAUGAUAUCCCCGUCGAGGCCUCCGGAAACGACGUCCCAGAGCCUGUUACCCAGUUCACUAACCCCCCUCUGGACGACCACCUGAUCGCCAACAUCAAGCUCGCCAGCUAUGUCAUCCCUACUCCCGUUCAGAAAUACUCAGUCCCCAUCGUCAUGAACGGCCGUGAUCUUAUGGCCUGUGCCCAGACUGGUUCCGGAAAGACCGGUGGUUUCCUUUUCCCCAUUCUCUCCCAGGCUUUCCAGAGCGGUCCCUCUGCCGCCCCUGCCCAGGGUGGUGGUGGUGGUCAGUUCAGCUACGGCCGCCAGCGCAAGGCUUACCCUACCUCUCUCAUUCUUGCUCCCACCCGUGAGCUGGUCUCUCAGAUCUUCGAGGAGGCCCGCAAGUUCGCUUACCGCUCGUGGGUUCGUCCCUGCGUCGUGUACGGUGGUGCAGACAUCGGCUCCCAGCUUCGUCAGAUCGAGCGUGGCUGCGAUCUCCUCGUUGCCACCCCCGGUCGUCUGGUUGAUCUGAUUGAGCGUGGCCGUAUCUCCCUGGCUAACAUCAAGUACCUUGUUCUUGACGAGGCUGAUCGCAUGCUGGACAUGGGUUUCGAGCCCCAAAUUCGCCGUAUUGUCGAGGGUGAGGAUAUGCCCGGUGUUGAUGAUCGCCAAACCCUCAUGUUCUCGGCCACCUUCCCCCGCGAUAUCCAAAUGCUUGCUCGUGAUUUCCUUAAGGACUACAUUUUCUUGUCCGUUGGUCGUGUCGGAAGUACUUCGGAGAACAUCACCCAGAAGGUCGAGUAUGUCGAGGAUGCCGACAAGCGCUCCGUUCUGCUGGACAUUCUCCACACCCAUGGCAGCACUGGUCUGACACUCAUUUUCGUUGAGACCAAGCGCAUGGCCGACUCGCUCUCCGACUUCCUCAUUAACCAGCGCUUCCCUGCCACCGCUAUUCACGGUGAUCGUACCCAGCGCGAGCGUGAGCGUGCUCUAGAGCUCUUCCGUAACGGUCGCUGCCCCAUUCUGGUUGCUACUGCCGUUGCUGCCCGUGGUCUCGAUAUCCCUAACGUGACCCACGUUAUCAACUACGAUCUCCCCACCGAUAUUGAUGACUACGUUCACCGCAUUGGUCGUACUGGUCGUGCCGGUAACACCGGUAUUGCCACUGCAUUCUUCAACCGUGGCAACCGUGGUGUUGUUCGUGACUUGCUCGAGCUCCUGAAGGAGGCCCACCAGGAGGUUCCCGCUUUCCUGGAGAGCAUUGCCCGCGAGGGCAGCGGAUUCAGCGGACGUGGCCGUGGUGGUGGUGGCCGUGGCCGUGGCGCUACUGCCACUCGUGACGUGCGUCGUGUCCCUGGUGGCAUGGGUGGUGGCUUCGGCGGUUCCGGCGGUUACGGUGGCUCCAGUGGUGCUGCCCCCUCUUACGGUAGCGGCUACGGCGGUGCUGCCGCUCCCUCUUACGGAGGUAGUGGUGGUGGUGCUGGCUACGGCGGCGGCGGCGGUGGUAGCUACGGCAACCCCUCCGGCUCCUCCGGCCCAUCCUCCUGGUGGUAA